AUGCGUUCCUUCGUAGCUUGGGCGCUGCCCCUGCUCCUCCCUCUUGUCACAUACCCGGCUCGUACUGAGGCUGUUCCUUUAAUCGGGUCCUUGCUCCAUCCCCUCGACGCAGUCAUCAAGUCUGCUUUUGCCGGCGAUGGAGUAAAGGUUGGUGAGCUGGGUGACCUCGGAGGCGUCCCUGGCAAGAACCACACCUUUGACUACAUUGUGGUGGGCGGUGGCACAGCUGGAAACACCAUCGGAUACCGCCUCGCGAAAGCUGGCUUCAGUGUUGCCAUUGUUGAAGCCGGUUCAUUCUUGGAAAUCUCCAAACCCAUCCUCGCUACUUCCCCCGGCGGCGUCACUGCCGGCAGCGGCGCCAGUCUGCUCGACUCGAACCCUCUUACCGACUGGAGAUUUGUCACUCAGCCCCAGACGAAUAUUGAUAACCGCGAGAUUCACUAUGCUCGCGGAAAGAUCCUCGGCGGCUCCUCGCAACUCAACUUUUUGGUGUACCACCGACCUACCAAGGGCACUAUGGCCAAAUGGGCCGAGGAAGUUGGGGAUGAUAGCUACCUCUGGGAUCAAAUGCUUCCUCACUUCAAGAACAGUGCCACCUUCACUGGCCCUGACAACAUCAAGCGUGGCGCGAGCGUCAUCACCGAGUACGAUUCUGACGCUUUCUCAACCGUCGGUGGCCCUCUUCAAGUCAGCUAUGCCAACUUCGUCCCUUCCUGGGCUACCGUUGUCGAGAAGGCCCUCAGUUCCUUCGGAUUCAAGAGCCUCGAUGGCUUCAACAGCGGCAAGCUUCUUGGCUACUCGUAUACCACAACCACUGUCAGGCCCGAGGGUGAGAUUCGAAGCUCCUCCGCCGAUUUCGUCAAGGCCGCCCGCAGUGGGAAGCUCGCCACUCUCAAGGUUUUCACCCAGACUCUCGCUAAGAGGAUUAUCUUCGAUUGCAACAAGAAGGCCCAUGGUGUUCAGGUCAGCACCAAUGGUGUCGGAUACACCCUCAAGGCCAAAAAGGAAGUCAUUGUUAGCGGUGGCGCUUUCCAGUCCCCCCAGAUUCUCAUGGUUUCUGGUGUCGGCCCCAAGGACCAGCUCGAGAAGUUCAACAUCGACGUUGUUGCAGACCUCCCAGGCGUCGGCCAGAAUUUGUGGGACCACGUCCUCUUCGGUCCUACGUUCGAGAUCAACGGCCUCGUAGACACCCUCAGUGGCGCUAUCAAUGACCCUGCCAUCCUCGAAGGCGCUCUUCAGGCCUACAUCCAGCAGCAGGCAGGCCCCCUGACAUCCAACCAGGUGGAGCUUCUUGGCUGGGAGAAGCUGCCUGACAAGUAUCGAUCCAAGUUCUCCUCUGAGACCCAGAAGGCUCUCUCCUACUUCCCGAGCGACUGGCCCGAGGUUGAGUUCAUCCCCCUCAACGCCUACAUCUCAGACUGGAUGUUCCCUCUCCUCCAGCAGCCUGUCGACGGCAAGAAAUACACCAGUCUCACCGGUGCCCUUGUUGCUCCUCUUUCUCGCGGCAACAUCACCCUUCAGUCGGCAGACACAUCCGACCACCCUCUGAUCAACCCCAACUUCCUAGGUGAGAAGGGCGAUCAAGAAGUUGCCAUUGCCCUCUACCGCCGUCUCCGAGAGGUCGCUCGAGCGGACGUCUUGAAGACCAUUGUCGGCGCAGAGGCCUAUCCUGGUGCUGAAUACCAAACCGACGAGGAGAUCUUAUCUGUUCUCCGCAGUGGCAUGAUGACUGUGUGGCAUGCCGCUUGCACUUGCAAGAUGGGUAAGCCUACAGACAAGACGGCUGUGAUCGAUUCCAAGGCCCGCGUCUUCGGUGUCAAAGGCCUACGUGUCGUUGAUGCUUCCGCUUUCCCUGUUCUUAUUCCUGGACACCCCCAGGGCACUGUCUAUGCCUUGGCCGAGAAGAUCGCAUAUGAAAUCAUCAAUGGGAACUAG